CCUUCUACCCGACAGGCGCGUCAUACGCGAGCGUGGUGGGUGGCAUUCUUGCGGAUGGCCUCGGCGUCAUUGGUUUAAGCUGGCUAUCCAGUCCUGCUUGCACUGAGCUAGAAGUGGUUACAAUGAACUGGCUUGGUAAAAUGCUCGGUUUACCCGAAGAAUUCUUGAACUCUUCGCCUGGACCAGGUGGUGGAAUUAUUCAGGGCUCUGCAAGUGAAGCGACCCUUAUUGGCUUACUGGUUGCUAAAGAAAGAACUGUGCGAAGGCUCUUGAAGCAGAAUCCUAGCCUCGACGAAGGUAGCAUCAAAGCAAAGCUAAUCGCCUACACAUCAGACCAGUGCAAUUCCUCGGUGGAGAAAUCUGGUCUACUCGGAUCCAUGACAAUGAGACUACUAAAAUCGGAUGCUGACGGAAGAUUACGAGGAGACACAUUGAAAAAAGCCUUUGCAGAGGACUUAGCUCAAGGUUUAAUACCAUGCUACGUUGUCGCAAAUCUUGGUACCACAGGAACAUGCGCUUUUGACCCCCUGUACGAGCACGGACCAAUUUGUAACGAAUAUGAUGUCUGGCUGCAUGUAGACGCCGCUUACGCCGGGGCAGCGUUUAUUUGCCCUGAAUACAGACACUUGAUGAAAGGAAUCGAGUUUGCCGAUUCUUUUGACUUCAAUCCACACAAAUGGUUACUUGUGAACUUCGAAUGUUCGGCUAUGUGGAUCAAAGACGGUCUUGAGCUGACAAAAACGUUCGACGUACAGAGAAUUUACCUGGAUGACAUAAAAACAGACACGAAAGUCCCCGAUUACCGGCAUUGGCAGAUACCUCUGGGACGCAGGUUCAGAGCAUUGAAGCUGUGGACAGUUAUAAAUAUUUAUGGAGCAGAGGGACUAAGAAAACACAUUCGUAAUCAGAUAGACUUAGCGCAGCAUUUCGAAAAAUUAGUCCGUAGUGAUGACCGGUUUGUGGUUGACCCUGAACCAUCUAUGGGCCUAGUAUGCUUUAGGCUGAAAGAUGGUGAUAAAAUAACAAAAUCUUUAUUAGAAAACUUGACUAAAAAGAAGAAAGUCUUUAUGGUAGCAGGUGCUUUCAGAGGUAGAUACAUAAUUCGAUUUGUAGUAUGUUCUCGGCUUACGAAAAGAGAAGAUAUCGACUUCAGUUGGAACAAUGUCAAGUAUGAGGCUGAUCUGAUCUGCAAGCCAGAAAUUCAUAAUAAAUUUAAAAUUCCUGUAUUAGAGCACAUCGAGACGAUUACCAUCUCAGAGAAAUCGAAAUAGAUGGUAGGUAAGAGAUGGUAAGUAGAUAAUAGAAAUAAUACGAACUUCAGUGAUUCGUAGGUAGUUACUCGUAUUUUUACUAAUUUCAUUAGUAACAGUAAGUUUUGUACAAUUACUUAGUGAAACAUAAUCUUACGAGUAGGACCAAUUAUUUCACGCAAGGACUAUUGCAAUGAGUUGCAACUAUCCAGUAAUAUUAUAGCAUAAAAUUACAUCGAAAGAACACAUGCUACAAAUUCAUGACAAUUUUGAUGAAAAUAGAGGCAAGAUUUUUAAAUUGUGACGCCUGCGGUAGUGCAGUAAAUAGUUACUCGACUUCUAUAAUUGUAAAUUAAUGCUAGGUACAUAAUCUACUUAUGUACAUGUUAAAUCUACUACGUAAACUUAUAUUAUGUGUGAAGAUUAUGUAAUAAUGUGGGUACCUUAUAAAUCGUGAACCAGUUGCCUACAU